GUCAGCACGCCAUCCAUCGCCCUCCAGCCGACCAAUGCUUGGUGUUGCCUCUGCCGCCAUUCAACAACAGAACCACGCAACCGCAAACGCACUCUAAACGCAUAAUCGCAGCGUCAUUCUGGGCCCGGCGGUCCUCAACUCCCCUUCUCCCAAUGGAUUCCUACCACCUCGCCCCGUCUCGUCCGACUGCGAGCUUCGGACAUGAUAAUGAGGCCCCGCUCCAACAUGGACCUCUAGUGAACUCCUACUCUCAUCACCACAACAACCACUCGCGCGACACCGACACCGAUCCCACCGACCAGAACUGCGACCGCAAACGACCAGAGCAACAGGCAAGGUUGCGCUCCCGCAACAGCGUCACCAACAUGUCGUCCGUCCUCAUGAGCAAGACUGUCACGCCUUUCCUUCGGGAACACAUCCCCAGCCUCUACGCCCCCAUUGGCAAGCCGGGGAACCAAGAGACCGCCAGAGCAGAGAACCCCAAUUCCAAGUACUGCUACAGACACCACCCCGACUCAAAGUGCCGAAGGGCUGCCGACAAGGCCAAGAUGGUCAUGAUUCAGAGCGAGCUGGACAAGCUCACAUCAGCGGAUCAGCAAGCUGUGACCCACGUGUGGUCCCUGUUCUCGGCCGCCCCUGCCCGACAUCGCGACCUGAUGCUUCAGGGUAUCCUCUCUCAGCUCUGCUUCCCCCAGCUCUCCUUCGUCUCGAGAGAAGUCAACGAAGCCCUCAAGAUCGACUUCAUCUCCGCCCUCCCCGUCGAGCUCGCCCAAAAGGUCCUGUGCUAUCUCGACACCGUCAGCUUGACCAAGGCCGCCCAGGUCAGCCAGAGGUGGCGAACCCUGGCCGACUCCGAUGCCGUCUGGGUCCGCAUGUGCGAGCAACACGUCAACAGGAAGUGCACAAAGUGUGGAUGGGGAUUGCCCUUGCUGGAACGCAAGAAGCUGCGCAACUACACAAGACAAAGACAGCUGGCCAAGGGUGGGCCACAAGGGAGGGCCACGGAACUGGCCGACUCCCACGACAGCCAGGAUCGAUCCGUCAAUCAACAUGGAAAGCGCCCGGCAGCAGAGGCGGAGGAAGAGGACCCCAUCAAGAAGCGCCAGUGUAUGGCUGCAGCAGAAGCCUCCAAGGCGGUAACGCAACCCAAGACCCGAAGCUGGAAGGCCGUCUACCGGGAUCGCUGGCAGGUCAGCUACAACUGGAAAAACAGCCGCUACAAGUUGUCGGUUCUCAAGGGUCAUGAGAAUGGUGUCACCUGUCUCCAGCUCGAUGAUAACAUCCUUGCGACUGGAUCGUACGACACCACCAUCAAGAUCUGGAACAUUGAGACUGAGGAGUGCAUUCGGACCCUUGUCGGCCAUACGGCUGGCAUUCGUGCGCUGCAGUUUGACGAUUCGAAGCUCAUCAGUGGCAGUCUGGACCAUACCAUCAAGGUCUGGAAUUGGCACACCGGCGAGUGCCUCUCCACGUUCGCUGCCCACACCGAUUCAGUGAUUAGCGUUCACUUUGAUGGCCACCUACUUGCCAGUGGGUCGAGCGACAAGACGGUCAAGAUUUUCGACUUCAACUCCAAGGAGACAUACUGCCUCAAGGGCCAUAGCGAUUGGGUCAACUCGACCCAUGUCGACAUCAAGAGCCGAACCGUCUUCUCGGCCUCGGAUGACACGACAAUCAAGCUGUGGGAUCUGGACACGCGCCAGGUUAUCCGGACCUACGAAGGACAUGUCGGCCAUGUGCAACAGGUGCUCAUUCUCCCGCCCGAGUAUGAGCCCGACGAGGAGGUGCUCAAUGGUGCUUCGCAAGACAACCAAGACGCCAUGUCGGUAUCAUCGGGCGGAAGCGGAAGCCCCUCCAUGUCGCAUGCGCAAAUCGAGCGCGCCGGCAGCCCUGGCAGCCAUAGCUCCAGCCACAACCUGCUACCGAGCAGCAUGCCCAGUGGCGACGAGGACGUGCGCCAUCUCUAUGGCUCCGCCUUCGUGGCCGACGAGUCACGGCCACUUCCCCCGCGCUAUUUCAUGACGGGCGGGCUCGACAGCACCAUGCGUCUCUGGGACAGCGCGACGGGUCGGUGUCUGAGGACGCUGUUUGGCCACCUCGAGGGCGUUUGGUCUUUGGCGGGAGAUACGAUCCGUGUGAUCAGUGGAGCCAACGACGGCAUGGUCAAGACGUGGGAGCCGCGCAGCGGGAAGUGCGAUGCGACGUAUACGGGCCACUGCGGACCCGUGACUUGUGUCGGGCUGAGCGAUAGUCUGAUGGCCAGUGGCAGUGAGGAUGGAACGAUUCGGUUACAUUCCUUCAAGCCUUGUCGGCAGUGAGGUGGUGGCUGAAGUUUCUUCGACUUGGGAACGAUGAGAGCAUGUCGGGUUUCAAUUACCCAUGUUGACUGCUCUUGCAUUUCCCUCCAGUUUUGGAACUUCCAGAUACGCCAUCUUCGUUUACCAGCGUCCUCGCGUUUUUUUUCUUUUUCUUCUUCUUCUUCUUCUUCUUCUUCUUCUUCUUCUUCUUCUUCUUCUUCUAUUACUUCACCCUCUAUGCGAUCUCAGAACCAACUUUUUCUUUUUGUGUUUUUUUUGCUUUCAACAAAACAUUGCCUCUCCCCAAGAAGGG